UUCCGGGGGCGCGGCGGAAGCGGAAGCGGAAGCGGCGGCGGGAGGGAUGGAGGAACCGGAGAUGCAGCUGAAGGUGAAGAAAGUGACAGACAAGUUCACGGAGAGCCUGUACGUGCUGGCCAACGAGCCGUCGGUGGCGCUGUUCCGCCUGCAGGAGCACGUCCGCCGCUCCCUGCCCGAGCUGGCCCAGCACAAGUCAGACAUGCAGAGCUGGGAGGAGCAGAGCCAGGGAGCCAUUUACACUGUGGAGUAUGCCUGCAGUGCCAUCAAGAACAUGACUGACAGCAGUGUUUAUUUCAAGAGCAUAGACAACCUCCUCAAACAUUCCAUAGCCAUGAAGGAGCAGCUGAAUUCCACCCAGGGUCGCAGCACCAUCAACCCCCAACCCAAGAAUCCUCCAGGCACCUCCUGAUUUUCCAUCCUGAAUUUUCCAACCUCAGAAAAAAAUGGAAAAAAAAAAACCCUCUGGGACUGCACAGGUAGAAAAACCCCCUGAAUUCCCAAAAAAAAAAAGCUGGAAAAUCCCAAAUCUUGUUUUUUGGGACCUUUUUUCCAUGGAAAAAUGAGGUGAUUUUAUUUAUCCUUCUCAUUUUUUUUCCAGUUUUUUUUUUUUUAUUUCCCCACAUGAGGUCUUGCUUUGAGAAUUUUGUGUUAAAAAUUGGAAUGUGAGCUUUUGUUAAAGAGGAAUUCUCCCAGGAGAAACUUUUCCAGCUGGUGCCAAGGAAUUGCUGGAUUUGCUUUUAAUGAGGACAAGAAUAAAAAGGAAAAAAAAAAAAAAAAUCCCAAAAAACCAACAAGAAAA